GGGCGAUCUGAUUUCUCCGGGAGCCGUGGCUAAGGCACACUUAGGAGACACCUUCCUCCGUGGAGCAGAGGCAAGACCUCUCUCUCCACUGGCAGCAGCGGCUGCACUGCACGGGCUGCUGGGGCACCUGGGCACGCACAGAGCUGUUUGCUUUGAGGGAAAAAAAAACCCAAUUAGCUUGUUCAUUCAUCCUGGGAAAACACCAUUGAGCAACGAAGAGCAAAGGGAGCAAGUUUUCAGGGUGGUAGAGAGACCUUUGGGACCAGCAUCAAGGAGCAGGCAAGGCCACUGGCUGCUGCCAGACGAGCUCCAGCCCUCAGUGGGAACCCCGUGGGGUGGCAAGAGCAACGGUGCAGCAGCCACCUUCAGGUGACCCUCUGUCCCCACGCCCACCGGAGAGACCUGGCAGGAGACAGGCAGCUUCAUCAGACCCAGACAAGAAAGUGAUGCAGGCACGAGCACAGCCAGGCAGAAGCAGCAGUCUCAGCCCCCACAGCCACACGUCGUGGGAUUCGGGGCAGCACCUGCCCCUGGGUCUCCCCAGAGCCAUGCUGCGGAAAUCAGCAUCGAUGUACACUGAAAUACAGCGGGAGCGACCAGAUGGUGGGAAUAUCCUGACUCACCCAGACUACAUAGAUGGAAACCCAGAUCUCAUCAAACCUAAAAAGCUCCUAAAUCCUGUAAAAGCCUCAAAGAGCCACCAAGAGCUACACAGAGAGCUGCUGAUGAACCACAAAAGAGGCUUGAGUGUGGAGAGCAAGCCAGAGCUGCAGAGGGUGCUUGAGCACCGUCGGCGAAACCAGAUCAUUAGACAGAAGAAGGAAGAGGAAGAGGCAAAGAAAUUGCAGUCUCCUUUUGAAAAAGAGCUACUGAAGAGGCACCAGAGGCUGGAUCAGUUGGAGAAAGAGCAGGAGAAGCACGAAGACCAUGCACCAGAAUUCAUUAAAGUCAAGGAAAACCUGAGGAGAACAACAACAGUGACUGAGGAUGAGAAAGCAGCGUAACUUCUGCCAAAACUCAGUGGGGACCCUAUCAAGGCCAGCCUAACACACACACGCUGACAUCUCUGUACAUGGUGGACAUUUACAGCCACAUUGUUGGGGCUACUUAUGGUUAUUAACACUUGCUCCAGUAGAAGGCACGAAAGAGGUUUUCCCAGCCCAGGGAGGUAUCACUGUGGAAAAGGUGGAGUAUUUCCUGAAGAAAUACUCACAUGAGGAGAUGCAGAAAGAAAUUAUUUUUCCCCUCAGACUGUGGGUGCAUGCUAACCUCCAGCUAACCCUUGGUUAACCCUUGAGACAUGGUGACUGUUUAAGCCAGGGAAGUCUGUGGAGGGAUGGUUUGGGGAACCCCUGCUUCUUCCUGGGGUCAAGCUGGCCAGGCACAGGAUGACAGAAGGGGGCUGAAGCUCUGGGGAACCUCCUGGAAACCUAGCAUGUUAAAUAAAAGGGACAAUCUGUGUAUUACUGAGAAGAGCCCAGGUGACCAUAGUGGCUUUCCCAAGAAUCACUGCUGUAGCACCAGUGUGCAAGCCAAACCUGUCUGUGGCUGUGCCCAAUCUCCAUACCCAUACUGUUAGAAAAAUCAGCCUCUGUGUGCUCACACUAGUGUAGCACAGGUGGGUGCAACUGUUCUUAAGCCCCUUUAAACUGCAUUUCAAACCUGUUUGAAAAUAGCCAUUUAGGUAGCUCCAUGCUCAGGCAGAUAAAGACAUGGGAUUGCACCACCAGCACACCAAGUGGGAGGUAAAUUGUCCAUGCAGAACGCAAAGGUUGGUUGGUUGCAGCCUGAGUGGUCAUAGAAACGUCCAGAGGCCAGACAGCAGAUCCCUGUGGAUGUAGCCAAUGGACAAACCAGUUCUUGCCUCUGGACUACUGAGCUUCAGCCCCUCACCAAGCAACAGGGUAUGUGCUACCACAGGGACCCACAGAAAUGUCCUGUGGUUGAAAAGUGGUAACACGGUGUCCUACUGGUGUCAGGCUGCCACCUGCAGGCACCAGGGACUACAGGACAUGUAGAUGCUGAUGCUAAACUAUUUGUCACUACUUCUCACCCCCUUUUCCACAGCUGCCUCAUUUCAGCUGCCACCUUGCAAAGCUAAAAAUCUUGCUGCUGGUAUAGCAAAGAUGAGACAGGUGGUGGAUUUGCACUAUGUAUGGACAGAGCCUACCACACCAAGGGACUAUCCAUGCCCCCAGGUUCCACAUCUAGAGCUAAAACUGUUCCUUUGGGAAUAUCUCAGCUUCCUUCUUCUCACAACAGCCUAAACAGCAGAACUCACCACCUGCCUUGAACACUGUCCCUUGAAGGACAAGCCACAAUGGACCUCGUCAGCUGGGAAGGUAAUACCUGGUUAAACAAUAUCUACUACCCACAUCUUCAGGGGAUCCAUAUGUAAAACAAGGGAAACUGGGUGUUUUAGCACAUAUUUAUUAAAAAGUUAUUAACCAAUUCACUAGUCUCUCUGAUCCAGCAGGAAGGUGUUUUAUUCCAGAGGGCUGUUGCUCGACCUGGCAGCUUGAGUAAAACACCUGAGCCAUAUCAGGUCAAGAGCAGUGAUACAGGUAUCAUGACAGGUUGAACUAUAAAAGUCCUUAACUCAGUUUCAGUCCUGGAAAGCCCCAUCUCACAGCACUGCCCCUGAGGUAAUUUGAAGGCCUCUGCUCAUCCUGCUUAUUCUAUACAAGCUUUUAUUUCAGAAACCAAAUGAGUAGGGUCACUAUAGGACAAGCAAGAUCUGAAGGGAUCUAUUAUGUCCUUUCUGACUGUGAAACUUUUCAUAUAGGUUAUGAUUAACACUAUGAGGAAGAAGAAGCAUCAAUCAUUUUUUUUCCAGGGAAAAUAAGCUUAAUUUCUCCAAGAAAAGUAAUAAAAAAAAGGUGUUGCUAAGGAUGCCUGUGCAUAGCUGUAAAGAAUGCUGCAUGAUUCUGCAUAAAUAACAUCAGUUCAAAUAACAAGCCAGAAUUACUGUGCUGGGGUUUUGUGAGGGGCUAUGGCACAGAUUAAGUAAUCUUGAUCAAAGAGCCCCAAAUAAAAUCAGCAAAUUAAUUUGUAAUUUUAACACAGAUGGAAAUACACUCUAGAGGCAAUCUGUCACUCCAUAUGCACCAACAAAAUCAGUGUUAUCAACUCACCACGGCUGGGACAGGGGCAUUUUUGCAAGUCCUUGAGUGGGAGCCAUCCGAUAUCAUCUGGGUCAUCAGAGUGCUCAGAUCAACAAUGAAAAGGUUGAAAUAAUUUUGCUGCUGUCUUCUUGAGUAGGCAAAUAUAGUCUGGGGAAAAAAUAAUAAUAAUAAAGGUGUCUCCCUUUCAUAUGGUGUUCACCAAGCUAAGGGGUGUCUGGGUCAUUUUCAGUGGGUGGCCAGAAGGGAACAGGAGAGCCAGGUCAGACUGUUCUAACUCAGGCUGAACCAAAAUAGCCACAAGAAAACCUUCCAGUGGUGGUGAGACAGCAGAAAGCCCUGACCCAGCUGCCCACCAGGACCCUGCAGGUUGUGAGCCAGGAACCAGCCACUUGUCCACAGACUGACCCACCAGAACAGCCAGAAGCAGCUGGCACCAGGAGCUCCCAUGGGGCUGGGCCAGGCUGC